GGAUUCGGGCUUGUUUGAUUUCAUUGACGAUAAGUGCAUAACAUUUGUUUUAUCUUUAUAGGUUUGUAGUUUGAAGCUUUAAAGCUGGAAUAUUGUAGUUAUAUUAAACACAAACUUGUGGAUAAUUUCUUUUAAAGAGAAAAGUAAGAAAGACAAAGAUGGACUUUCUGGAAUAUCCGGACAUUUUUGCUGAGGUUAAGGGCGCUAUGACACCUGGCAGAUUAAAGUUGACCGACCAACAUUUGAUCUUCAAAAAUCAGAAGACUGGUAAAGUAGAACAGAUUUCUGCUUCUGACAUGGAAAUGGUAAAUUAUCAGAAAUUCAUUGGCACCUGGGGUUUACGUAUUUUUUUAAAAAAUGGUACUUUACAUCGCUUCAAAGGCUUCAAAGAAGCUGAUCAGGAAAAGAUUGCCAAAUUCUUUUCUGUCAAUUAUAAGAAAGACAUGUUGGAGAAAGAACUGAGUUUAAAAGGUUGGAAUUGGGGUACAGCAAAGUUUACGGGAUCUAUCCUGAGCUUCGAUGUAGGUCAUCACACUGCUUUUGAAAUACCUCUAUAUGAUGUGUCGCAAUGUAAUACAGGAAAAAAUGAAGUAACCUUAGAGUUCCAUCAGAAUGACGAUGCUCCAGUCAGUCUGAUGGAGAUGAGGUUUCAUAUUCCUAUUAGCGAUAGUGCUGACCAAGAUCCUGUUGAAGCAUUCCAUCAACAGGUGAUGGAUAAAGCAUCUGUGAUCAGUGUGAGUGGUGAUGCAAUUGCUAUAUUUAGAGAGAUUCACUGUUUAACGCCACGUGGUCGUUAUGAUAUUAAAAUUUUCCAAUCCUUCUUUCAACUACACGGCAAAACUUUUGACUAUAAAAUCCCCAUGUCAACUGUUUUGAGACUUUUCCUACUACCACACAAGGAUAGUCGACAAACAUUCUUUGUUGUAAGUCUGGAUCCUCCUAUAAAGCAGGGUCAAACACGAUAUCAUUAUCUGGUUCUUCUAUUUAACCAAGAAGAGGAAACCUCUAUUGAGCUUCCUUUCACAGAAAAGGAGCUAAAGGAAAAGUAUGAGGACAAACUAACAAAAGAAUUAACGGGACCAACAUACGAAGUACUUGGCAAGGUGAUGAAAGUAAUUAUUAACCGAAAGAUAACUGGACCUGGACACUUCUUAGGUCAUACAAAGACACCUGCGAUUGGCUGCUCCUUCAAAGCCGCAGCAGGAUAUCUAUACCCGCUCGAGCGAGGUUUCAUUUAUGUGCAUAAACCGCCGAUACAUAUUCGUUUUGAGGAGAUAGCCUCGGUCAAUUUUGCGCGUGGCGGCGGUUCAACUAGAUCUUUCGACUUCGAGAUCGAACUUACGAGUGGUGUAGUUCAUACUUUUAGUAGCAUCGAGAAAGAAGAAUAUGGUAAAUUGUUCGAUUUCAUUACGUCAAAGAAACUUCGUGUCAAGAAUCGCGGCAAGACUGACAAACCUAAAUAUGAUGAAGAUUUUGGUGACAGCGAUCAAGAGGAUGAACCAGAUGCUUACUUGGCGCGAGUCAAAGCGGAGGCGCAGGAACGAGACGGCGUAGAAAAUCAAGAUUCUGAAGAAGGCUCAACUGAUGAGGAUUUCAAUCCGAAUCAAGACGUAAGUGAUGUUGCCGAGGAAUAUGACAGUAAUCCCAAUAGCUCUGAAAGUGACGAAGACUCGGAUGCGUCUGAGGCUAGUCAUAAGAAAGAGAAGAAAGAAAAGAAAGAAAAGAAAUCUAAAUCGGCAAAGACAGUAUCAGAAAAACCGCGCAAACAGAGGAAACCGAAAAAAGAAAAGGACGCGAAUAAGCCAAAGAGACCUCCAACGGCGUUCAUGUUGUGGCUUAAUAGCGCACGCGAAAGCAUCAAGGCGGAUAAUCCGGGAAUAAAUGUAACAGAAAUCGCGAAAAAGGGAGGUGAAAUGUGGCGAGAGCUCAAAGAUAAAUCAGAAUGGGAAGCGAAGGCAGCCAAAGCUAAAAAAGAGUAUGCGGCAUCAAUGAAGGAAUACGAAGCGAGCGGAGGUGGUAAAUCUAAAGAAAAGAAAGAAAAGACGGAAAAGACGGAAAGGACGGAAAAGAAGAAGAAGGAAACGCCUAAGAAAGAUUCGCCUAGCAAAAUGAUGACGGGCUCGUCUUUCAAAAGUAAAGAAUAUAUCAGCGAUGAUGAUAGUAGUAGCGACGAGAGUAAGAAGUCCGAAAAGAAGAGUUCUGAUAACGAAAGUGGAGAAGGGAAAGAGAAAAAGAAAAAAGGUGAGAAGCGACCCACUGAAGAUGCUGGAAAAAGGACAGUAAAAAAGGAGAAACGAAAUCAAUCAGAAAGCGACGCGGAAGAACCUAUAGAGAGCACUCCGCCGUCAUCCGACGCAGAAUCUAAAAAUAGUGAUUAAUAAAAUUAAAGUAUUCAAAUCAAUAUUUUUAAUUAUCUGUUUACAUGUACUAUUUGUUCAUAUUUAAAAGAUUUGCGUUGUUAGAAAUCUUUAGUAAGAGUAAAUGUUUUACACUUUUCACAAAAUUCUAGCGCUUAACUGGAUUAAUAUUACAAAUAUAUAAUAUCGACUAUUU